CUUUUUUUCUCUUUUCAAUUUUUCUAGUAUAAAAUAAUUAAUUGCCCAACUCCCUCAGUGCUCCACCAACCCCUCUUGCUUCUUCCUCUUAUCUUUCUCUCUAGAUUUUGCCAUUCACCCUAAAAGUCAGCGCCAUCUUUUGUGCCUUAUUUCCUCCCUCAGUUCCGAAACUUUGUUGCUUUAAUUGGGAAAAGAAAAGAAAAACCACACUGAUUUUUAUUUUUUUAUCUUCCUUAAUUCAUAGCCUUACCCAGAAGUCUCUUUCUGCUUUUCUCUCCCUCUGCAUAAUGGCUGAGGACUGGGAUCUCUUUGCCAUCGUGAGAAGCUGCCAAUCAGCCACCACAACAAUUCCACAAACCACCACCAAUAAUACUUCCUCUUCCUUAGUUACUUCCACUAUCAAGGAAGAAAUAUAUGAUGCAUUUUCCUCUCCCAAUAUAGUGCCACCCAAUACCAAUGAGUUUCAAGAGCUACACCAAUUGUUCACACCCUUUAACCCCACCAACAACACUAGUGCUCCGGGCAUCAAUCCCAAUUCCCCUUAUUUUGCAGAACAAGAAAGCCAGCAAAUCAGUGAACACCUUCAUAUUUGGCCUCAUUUUGUGCCAGAACAGUCUUCCACUCCCAGUUUCAAUAGAUUCCAUGACCAACAACAACAGCAACAGAUCAAUCAACUACAGGCACUUCAGAAACACGAAUUUCGACUACCCCAGAACAUUUCUCCCACAGUUUCACCAAACGCACAACCUCAAACACCCAAAUCAAGAAAAAGAAAAAGCCAACAGAAGAAGAUGGUGUGCCAUGUAACCGCAGAUAACCUCUCAGCAGAUUUGUGGGCAUGGCGAAAAUACGGACAAAAACCAAUUAAGGGUUCUCCAUAUCCAAGGAAUUACUAUAGGUGCAGCAGUUCCAAAGGUUGUAUGGCUCGAAAACAAGUCGAACGGAGUAACACUGAACCCGACAUGUUCGUCGUUACGUACACCGGAGACCACUCGCAUCCCCGGCCAACUCACCGGAACUCGCUCGCCGGAAGUACCCGGAGUAAGACUCUGGUAACCAAUCCGCCACCGUCACCUGGGUCACUCUCCUGCUUCCAAGCCACCCCUUUUUCUUCUUCUUCUUCAUCGCCACCACACUCUCCAACGUCGCCGGAGGAAGAUCCACGGAAACCGCCGAUUUAGAACCCGACCCGGAUAUGGAAACCGACGGGAACGAUGACGGUGACAUUCAAAUACAAUAACCCAUCAGCAAAGCCUUCUUGUCCAGCAAGUUUUGCAGGGACUCAUCGAAGUGACGUCGUUUCGAAGAACCAAACCGGUUUCAAAUUAUGUCCUGUUCAAAUCUCCCGGAAAUUAUGUUCGCUGCACACCUUUGGAUUAUUCCCUUCGUUGGUGACCGUUGGAUUAUGAUUGUGCGUGGAUCAGGAGACGCUGUUUGAUUCUCAUUCUCCAAAUCGAAGCCGUACACUUGAAUCUUCGGCGUAGGAUAGUUUACCUCGAGGAUCUGCCACGUGGGUAAACCCACUUAAUAUUAUUUUUUCUUAAAAUGAAGGAAAUAGCCAAAUACAUGAUUAAGAAAACAAAAAUAGAUUUUUUGUUUAAUGAGACUGGUGAAUAAGUCAAACUUUGAAGUUUCUACAUCAUUGUUAAUACGGCAAGCAUAAUCCCAAAGCACAUCCAAUCUAAAAAUAAAGCAAAGUAUACUCUCAA